ACAAAAAAAAUUUGAAGGGUAAAUGGGACCUGAAAUCAGCAUUUUAGAUUUGUUUGUACAGUUAUUCUGAUUCUCUCUGGAGUGGUUGCGGUUGUAGAAGUGGUACAUGCGCAAUAAAAGACAUGAUCUUCAACAUCGUCAAAUCUCUGUACAUCUUCUUCUUCGUUACUAUAUAGUUUCAGUGGGAACGCUGUUGGCGUUUUAUUACGCGCCGGUAGCGCAUUCCCCUAACCUACACCAUCCUUCUUCUCCAUCUUCUUACAACAAAAGCAGCUCCUUAAUCAAGAAUCUUAUUGAGAUCAAAGUUGAUUCGAAGAAUAUGUCUAAAGCUCGAGUUUAUGCAGAUGUUAAUGUCAUUCGCCCUAAAGAGUAUUGGGAUUACGAAUCUCUCACUGUUCAAUGGGGGGAUCAGGAAAACUAUGAAGUUGUUAGGAAAGUUGGAAGGGGGAAAUAUAGUGAAGUUUUUGAAGGUAUAAAUACCAAUAACAAUGAGCGCUGUGUAAUUAAGAUACUCAAGCCUGUCAAGAAAAAGAAGAUAAAGAGGGAGAUCAAAAUUCUUCAGAACCUUUGUGGUGGCCCGAACAUCAUUAAGCUGCUCGAUAUAGUUAGAGAUAAGCACUCUAAAACUCCUAGCUUGGUAUUUGAGCACGUGAACAGCACGGAUUUCAAAGUCUUAUAUCCAACUCUCACAGAUGGUGACAUUAGAUACUACAUUUACGAGCUUCUCAAGGCAUUAGAUUACUGCCAUUCCCAAGGAAUUAUGCACAGAGAUGUCAAGCCUCACAAUGUUAUGAUAGAUCACGAACAACGUAAACUCCGUUUGAUAGACUGGGGGCUUGCUGAGUUCUAUCAUCCUGGAAAGGAAUAUAAUGUCCGUGUAGCUUCAAGAUAUUUCAAGGGGCCUGAACUCCUUGUUGAUUUGCAAGACUAUGACUACUCGUUGGACAUGUGGAGCUUGGGCUGUAUGUUUGCUGGAAUGUUAUUUCGCAAGGAGCCAUUCUUUUAUGGUCGAGACAACUAUGACCAGCUUGUCAAAAUUGCCAAGGUACUUGGAACAGACGAGUUAAAUGCCUAUCUGAACAAAUACAGCUUGGAGCUUGAUCCUCAACUUGAUGGUCUUGUCGGGAGGCACAGCAGGAAACCAUGGACCAAAUUUUUUAAUGCGGAUAAUCAGCAUUUGGUUUCUCCAGAGGCCGUUGAUUUUCUGGAUAAACUUUUACGAUAUGAUCACCAGGAGAGACUUACGGCAAAAGAAGCAAUGGCGCAUCCAUAUUUCUCUCAAGUGAGAGUUGCAGAGAGCAGUAGGAAGGGGACGCAGUGAUGUUUCCUAUCUUUUUAUUUCUUAUGGAGCUAUCCUUUGUUUGGUCGAAUGGGCUAAGGUUUUGUUAAACAUUGCACGAACUUAUGUAUAGUAAGAAUGGUAAUUACGGUUGGUUAAAGUUUUAAACUCUUUCCUCUAGCUCGUCAAAUGGAACUCUAAUUGGGCCUCUACAUUCUGCUAAGUGACCUCUUGCUUCUCUUGUUAUUUGUGCAUCUGAAUGCAUAUAUUUUUGGCAUAUCUGAUUCUGGCAGAAACUAAAAAUGAUAGGUUUCAUGUUUA